ACAAUGCACCAUUCUUUUUCUCUCCUUUCUUUCAGAGUACUCCCUGCCCUUCUCCUACAGCAGCAGGCUUUAUUAUUUGGAGGAGUGGCAGGGUCUGCUGAGACGAUUCACAUAGAUCAUAGUCACGUUUCACGUGGAACAUUGCCAGAAAAUUUGCUAACAAGAUGGCUUCAGAUUCUGGCUCAUCAUCUUCCAACAAAAACAACAACAACAACAACAACAACAACAACAACAACAACAACAACAACAACGGCAGCAACAACAACAACAACAACAACAACGGCAGCAAUAAUAAUAACAAAAACGGCAACAAUAACAGUGGAAAUAACCAAAAUGGGAGCAAUAAUAAGUCACCCCCACCCCCACCACCACCGCCCCCACCACCUUCUCCUAACAGAAAAUCAUACAAUUCACCGCCAUCACAUUCGUCAUCAGGAAAGUCCCAUUCAAAAGCACUUUCACCCCCACAUCAUAAAGCAAAAUCUUCAGGCGGCAUGGACAGUACUACUAAGAAAGCCAUCAUGGGAGGAGUUAUUGGAGGGGCAGUAUUGUUGCUCCUAUUUGUCAUAGCUUGCAUCUGCUGUUGUUGCAGAAAGAAGAAGAGAAAGUCUCAUGAUACUAUUGAUUACUUCCCAGACAAUCCUCCAAGGAACCAAAAUAAUGCCUACUACAAUAGUGGACCGAAUGGUUAUGGGAUGAACAACCAAUCUACUGAACAUCAUCUUAAGAUGCCUCAGGGUGGUGCAGUUAGUUCUGAAUACGGUUGGGCAGCUCCACCACCGCCACCCCCCAUGGGAUACAGUAGUGACAUGAGCUCUGCUUACUCUGGCCCACAGCAGCCUCCUAUGCCACCUCCCCACCCAGCACUAGCCCUUGGAUUCAACAAGAGCACGUUCACUUAUGAAGAAUUAGCAGCUGCAACUGGAGGAUUUGCACAGUCUAAGAUGUUGGGACAGGGUGGUUUUGGAUUUGUUCAUAAAGGUGUAUUACCAAAUGGGAAGGAGAUUGCUGUGAAAAGUCUCAAAUUAAAUAGUGGCCAAGGGGAACGUGAAUUCCAAGCCGAGGUUGAAAUUAUUAGCCGUGUCCAUCAUCGGCACCUUGUAUCUUUGGUUGGUUAUUGUAUUGCAGGAACUCAGAGGUUGUUAGUUUAUGAAUUUGUUCCCAACAAAACCCUUGAGCACCACCUGCAUGGUAAAGGUGUUCCAGUGAUGGAGUGGUCUACAAGAAUGCGAAUUGCCAUGGGAUCAGCCAAAGGCUUUGCAUAUCUUCACGAAGAUUGUCAUCCUCGCAUUAUCCACAGAGACAUUAAAACUGCAAACAUUCUACUUGAUGAUCAUUACGAAGCUAAGGUAGCAGAUUUCGGCUUGGCCAAGCUCUCCAAUGAAAACUAUACUCAUGUGUCUACACGAAUCAUGGGAACAUUUGGAUACUUGGCACCUGAGUAUGCGUCAAGUGGCAAGCUAACUGAGAAAUCUGAUGUUUAUUCGUACGGUGUUAUGCUCUUGGAACUGAUAAGUGGAAAGCGCCCUGUGGAUAUGGAUGAUGAUGAGAAUGAUACCUUGAUUGACUGGGCGAGGCCUAUUCUAAUGCGUGCAGUGGAGGGUGGCGACUAUAACGAGCUGGUGGAUCCUCACCUGCAGGACAACUAUGACCCUGACGAGAUGCUACGGAUGGUGGCAUGUGCUGCUGCAUGCAUUAGACAUUCGGCUAGGAGACGCCCAAAGAUGAGCCAGAUUGUUCGUGCAUUAGAAGGCGACGUCUCAUUGGAGGACUUGCACGAAGGAGUGAGAACGGGGCACGGUCCACUGACAGGUUCAAAUGCCAGCUCUGACUAUGAUGGUUCAUACAGUGUUGACAUUAAGAAAUUCAGAAAGGCCGGAGGAAGUCAGGAGUACUCUAGCAGUGAUAUGAGUGGACAAUCGAGUGGCGAGUCCAGGAGCAGGAUGCCUCCCCUUUGAGCUUAAUGUUUCACCUUAAAUUUCCAACAUUGUGCAACUUGAUGACUGACAAACAUUCGGUCUUCUAAAGAAGUGAUCUCAGCUGCUAUAUACACGAGGAGUACGAGUGCAGCAAUGAUCUGAUCAUCAUCCGACGAGCACGUAUCUGUGCACUUAGUAUAGAUGUGCCUGAGCUUAAACAGAUGAAGGUGAAGGCGACUAUUGGCUGGUGAAUUUGGGACAUUGAUCACAAGUGGACUCGAAAUUUGUGGGAAUUUAUGCUACUCUAUGUGAACUUGUAUAAUUUCUUAUUAAUGAAAUAUUGUAUAUGGUAUCUUAAGUAGCUUAUAUGUUUUAGACUGCUGUUCGCUCGUUUUUUGUUCUGAUCUCAACCAGCAGAUAUAGAGAGGAAUUAGGACUGACUGUGUGUAUCUGGAUAUAGUUUCUUUCUGGUCUAAUUGUCUAAUGCUGCCGCUUCUGAGUUUUUUUACCAGAAAAGAAAAGGAAAGAAAUUGAACGA